GCUCUGAGCGGACACGCCACCGCCAUGCAAUACCACAUCGGUUAAUACCGGUUAAUAUCGGUUUAUAUCUUUAAUAUCGGUAGUUUAGUGGAGUAGCAUACAGUAGGACAGCAGGGGAAGAUGAAUCGAUCAUGCACGGUGGGGUUGUAUCUGGCGGUUGUUUGCCUCCCGCUGCUGUGCACCUCGUGCCCACCCCAGUGUAGUUGUUUUUUCCACAAGUUGAGCGACGGAUCAAAAGCAAGGAGCGUGCUCUGCAAUGAUGCAGAAAUCACGGUCGUGCCCCCGAAUUUCCCCAAAGACACAUCAAAACUACGCAUCGAGAAGACCGCCAUCACCAGGAUAUCCAGUGAGAACUUCCACUACCUCAGCAACUUGGAGUUUCUGUGGAUGUCCUUUAACGCCAUCAGUUCUCUGAGCGUGGACAGCUUCCGAGGUCUAAAGAGUUUGGACGAGCUGCGGCUGGAUGGCAACGCCAUCGACUAUUUCCCCUGGAAAUCUCUCAAGUACAUGCCGAACCUGAGACUUCUUGACCUGCACAACAACAAGAUGUCUUCCAUCCCUGCCGAGGCCACCAUGUACAUCAAGAACAUCAGCUAUCUUGACCUAUCGAGCAACGCGCUAACCACAGUCCCGGCAGAGAUUCUGGAGCUCUGGCUGAGUGUGAAACCAGCCCAGGAGACAGAUGCCUCGAAACGUAUUCUCGGUCUCCACGACAACCCGUGGCUGUGCGACUGCCGGCUGUACGACCUGAUCCAGUUCCAGAAGUCGCCGUGGUCCUCGGUGGCCCUCGUCGACCCCCAGCUGAGGUGCGCCGGGCCCGAGGGCCUCUCGGGGGUCCUGUUCCCCCAGGCCCAGCUGCAGCGCUGCCAGGGGCCCCGGGUGCACACGGCCGUGGCCCGCGUCCGCAGCUCGCUGGGGAACAACGUCCUGCUGCGCUGCGGGACGGUGGGGGUCCCCGUACCGGAGCUGACCUGGUCGCGGGCCGACGGCAAGAAGAUGAACGGCACGGUUCAAGAGGAGAUCUCGAAGGAGGGGAUCAUCUGGUCCAUCCUGAGUGUGCCUGCGGUCUCCUUCCACGACUCAGGUCGUUACAUCUGCAAGGCCACCAACUUUGUGGGCACUGCGGACGCCCUCAUCUCCCUGGUCAUCACGGACUCCUUGAGGUCUGAGGAGAAUGACGGCACCGCCAAGAAGCCCAGAGAGCGGAAGACCGGCGGCGGCGGCGGCAUCGGGAAGGCGGCGUACCAGGAGAAGCUCGUGGCGCGCUACGUGCCUCCACCGACCGCCGCGGGGGCUCAGCCGGCCAUCAAACCGCUCAAAGGGGACACCGGAAAAUACAAGGUCGAGAGCUACAGCGUGUCUGCACCGGAAGCGGGGGCAGAGAAGAGCCUGGCCAGUCCGCCCGGCGAGACCGGGGAGCUGGAGAAGGACGUGCUGGUCAACAUGACGGCCAACGCCUCGUCCCUGCAGCAGGUCCCCGAGAAGCGGAUCGUGCGCUCGGUCAAGGUGAUCGGCGACACGGACCACACCGUCUCCCUGAACUGGCGCGCCCCCAUGGCCAUCAACACCACCGAGUUCAGCGUCCUGUACGCCGUGUUCGGCGAGCGGGACAUGAAACGGAUCAACGUGGCCGCGGGCAAGAACCGCAUCACCAUCGACGGCCUGGUGCCCAAGACCAAGUACAUCGCCUGCGUGUGUGUCAAGGGGCUGAUCCCCAAGAAGGAGCAGUGUGUGAUCUUCUCCACGGACGAGGCGGCGAGCGCCAGCGGCACCCAGAAGCUCAUCAACGUGGUGGUGAUCACGGUGGCGUGCGUCAUCGCCGUGCCCCUGACGCUCAUCGUGUGCUGCGGGGCGCUGAAGAAGCGCUGCCAGAAGCUGCUGGGGAGGCAGUCCAAGGAGAUGCAGGACUCGUACGUGACCUUUGAGACUCUGGCGCCGGCCAACAAGGCCAAGGGGAUGGAGGGGGAGUACCUGACCCGUCUGCACCCGGACGAGUCCAACAGGCUGCUGUCGGCGAGGUCCAGCGUGGACUCGGCGGCCACGGUCCGGACCGAGGGACCGCCCAACGAGUACUUCUGCUGAGACCACGCGUACGACUCGAAUCGUGAGAGGACGAACUCUUGGCCUGGGAUUCAUCGAGUCUAGAUGCACAUGAUUGGGCUCAGAGAUGAUGGACAAAGUCUUUAAAACACAGAAAGAACCCUGUUUGCUGGUCCUAAAAGCUUUGGAUGGCACUGCCAGAACUGGAUGGAUAAUGUGACUUUAUAUUAUGCCGCCGUGCGUGAUUAUACGGGCCACUGAUGACAUUGUGUAAGCUUACGGCAAGAAAAGGGAAAAUGUUUUUCUGUGACUUUAGUUUUUAUGAAUGACAUGUUUAUGUGAGAUGUUUUUUAUUUAUUUGUCAUGCACAUUGAAAAGGAGUACUGCCCGUGGAAUACUUUAUUGGUGUUCCUUGGGUCAUUGUAUAGGCCCAUUUGUAAAUAUAUGUUAAUGUGUCGGGUUUAUUUUAGACUUUCAAUCCUAAAAUGCUGAAUAUGUUCCAAUGUUUUUAUCAUAUGAGAUGUAAAUAUCUGUUUGAGAAUGUUUGUCUGAUAAAUAAAUAAUUUUGUAUG